CCCGAUUUAAGUACAUGUUCACCUCCUCAGCCACACUUCCGGGUGAGUUGCAGUCUCGGUCCCAAUCUUUCGAAUGCUCGAUUUCUAGGACAGUUCUAGUCUAUUUUUUAUCAGUUCGAAGUAACAGUAUGGCGGAUAUACAGAAACAGAACGAGUUGUUGCAGCGGGAGGUGGCUCGUCUCAAGAAAGAGGCAGCACUGCAGAAACAGAACCAGGCUCUGCAGAAGGAGAUCGCACAACUGAAGAAGGCAGCCGCUCUACAAUCCUCAACGUCGAACAAGGUGCCAAGCAAGCCUUCAACGGACGAUGCGGUUAAGAAGGUCUCUUCGGCCAAGAAAUCCACAGAUGAUGCCCUGAAGAAAGUCUCAUCCAGGAAGCCAGCAACCGAUGAGGCCGUGAAGGCCGCCCAGGAAGAGGCAGCCGAGGCAAAGGUAUCAUCGAGACACGCCAUCAAAGCCGCAGCGUCCAAGCCGAAGCCAAACCUGCCCCAGAGCUCAGACAUCAAGGACCAUGCACCAGUGAAGAAGUCAACGUCGGCCUCCAGGCCAUCCGUCAGCAAGACAGCCGCAGAUGCGAAGAAGGCAGUCAAGGACGCCGCCGCAGUGGAUGCACCAUCCGAGGCCACAACAGAAAAGAAGAAGAAGAAGAAGAAGAUAAGGCACACGCCCAAGUACGAGAUGGCCGCCGCCCUUUCGCGGGGCGAGGAGAUCCCCGGCCUGACAGACAAGAAACCAGUCGUACGCAAGGUGCCCAAGCCGGCCGUCAGGGCACCGGAGCGUGCUGUCGACGUGCCGGCGCCAGAGCCCCAGGCUGUUGCCAAGAAGGUCUCGGCCCAGACGCCCCAGGCGGCACCGAAGAAGCAGAAGAUCUACGUCGAGGGUGGCGACAUGCCGACGCACCAGAUCCUUGCCCAGCGCAAGAAGGAAGAGGCCAUCAAGAGGCAGCAGCAGGCCCUCCAGCAACAGGGACAGGGCCAGGGCCAGAGCGGCCCGCUCCAGGGCGUCACCGGCGCCGUUGGCAAGACCGGAAAGGGUGCCCUAGACACUGUCGGCAAUGUCGGGCAACAGGGCGUCCUGACUAUCGGCGACGUCGGCAAGGGUCUGCCAGUCGCUGGCAAGGCUGUCAACGGCGCCACCAGGGGCGUCAGCAAGACCCUGGGAGCUGCCACGGACGGUCUGGGUCAGACGCUGGGCGACACGACUGGUGCCCUCGGCCGUGGAGACAUUGGCGGCACUCUCGGUGGUGCUACCAGGGGUCUCGGAAACACGGUCGGAGGAGUUGGCAAGGGACUGGGAGAUACCGUCGGAGGCACUGUCGGCGGCCUCGGAGACAGCCUAGGAGGACCAGUCGGCGGAAUUGUUGGCGGAGCCGGUCGAGGAGUCGGCGAUGCUGUCGGCGGAAUCACUGGCGGCCUAGGAAAGGGUGUCGGCAAACUUGGCCAAGGAGACCUCCUUGGCGGCGUUGGCGAUGUUGUCGGCGGAGUCGGCGAUGGAGUUGGCGGCCUUUUAGGAGGCGUAUUGGGUGGACUCGGCGGGCAGCAGGGCGGCAAGGGAGGCAAGCAAGGAGGAGGCGGUGGUCUUCUUGGCCUCGGAGGUGGUGGUCAGGGAGGCGGACUUCUUGGAGGAGGAGGUCAAGGAGGGGGGCUACUCGGCCUCUGAUUGAAAUCUAUUCCUCUGAUACGGAUUUGAUGACAGUGGUGACUUGCAUCCCAAUAUGCAGAUGGGGUGCGGUGAACAGGCCUUCGGUAAGAUCUGCAGUUCAUAGCGAUGCACAAGCAACAAGGGUAGCCAAUGGAUUUGUGGAUUAUAGUCAACCACUUCUCCGGCCUCUAUACGCAGGCGGGAUGGUAUUCUACGGUCAGGUUGACUCAGACGUCACAGGACGCCGUCGUGGACGGUCUUGGCUACUCUGCUCGCAGUCUUGCCGAUCCAUGAUUCAAUCCAGCUCGCACCCCAGAGGCCUCGCAGAAUAUUCAGCCUGGCUUACGCACAGUUGGUCGCCCUAUUGUUCCACAACCUAAGAGCGUCCCGGCCGUCCGACCUCCAGGGGCUUGUUGAGCGGGGGUACCUCACCAGACUCCAUAUCAACAUCAAGCUCGUGAUUAAGGCAUUAGGAUUUGACUUGGUGUCUGUCAAAUUUGGGACAAGGAAGAAAAGCCACUCCAUGAUUGUUGAAUCACCUGAGAAUUUGAAAGUAGUUUCUGGACAAAUGCCGUACAGAAUAGCCAUUGUAUCGACUACCAGGACAU